AUGGAUCCGUUUGGUGCGUCCUUAUCGCUCAUUUUGGCUUUGUCCUACAGGCUCGUCAGCUCUGACUGACCUUUUGUGUGUGUGUGCGCGCGAAUGAAAUCCAGGUGCGACCUCCAACGAUGGCGGCGCCGAUGGAGCCGGAGCGAGCUCGAGCUUGGACUUUGAGGAGAACCUGCACGAUAUCCCCGUCGGGCUCGUGUUUGAUGGCGUAAGUUGGGAUCCGGUGGUGCUUCUUGGUCCCGCUUUUCCUGUGAUUGUGUCUCUCGCCCCUACUUACCCAUUGCUUUACACCCAAUCCGUGUGGGGCUGAUUGCGUCGACCACCGGCGAACAGAACCAGCAGCAACAGCAGCAGCAACAGGCCACCUCGAAUACCCACUCGACCAAAGCGAACCACCAUACCACCCUCGACAUUGCAGUAGACCCUUCCCUGUCGGCAUCGUCGUCAACAUCGGCGCAGGGUUCGACCACCGCGGGCGCCUCGGCGCAGCAGCAGCCUUCGUACGCCUCGGUCGUCGCGGCCGGCGCAGUUGCAGCCCCAGCACCAGCAGCGGCCACAGCACCUGGCGCGGCCGCCCACCCGACCCAGAACGGCCUCGCGUCCUCCGCACCCACGAACGGAACCAACACCACCCCGGGAGCGUCCUCCUCGUCGAAUGCUACGAUCAGUGGUGGUCUCACCGCCCAGGCUCAGGUGAUGCCGCCCCUGGUACAGUCCGGCGUCCCGGGUGUGCCUCCGAAGCGACCGCGCGGCCGACCAAGGAAGAACCCCGGCGUCGAUACUCGACCAGCCGCUCCCCGAGCACCCGCGGCCCACAUCACCGCCGCCGCCGGCACGUCGUCUGGUGCAGGGUUUGCGGCCGGUCCCAAACCUAGAGGACGUCCCCGCGGGCGACCCCGUGGUAGCCGGGCCAGGGGAGGAAGGGGCAGUGCGACGACUCGCCCCGCGGGGAAGAGGACCAGGCCCGAUAGCGAAGACGAGGAUGGCGAAGGCAGUGACGACUCGGACUUCCUCAGUAACGAGGCUCGCAGGCAGGCAAGCUACGCCGGUGAUGGUUCGCGACCUUUGGACCCGAGCGAGGAGCUUCCCGACGAUUUCGACGCCUCGAGCGGCAACCGACCCAAAGCCGCGAUGACCAAGUUUGGUCGUCGAGUGCAGAAACCCAAGAGCUUCACGCCGACGACGAAGCCCACUGUUCAUCGUCGCAAGCGUGCCGUCUUUAACCCCGAUACGUUCCUCAUGUGCCAAAAAUGCAGCGAGGGUCACUCACCGGGGCGUAAUCGCCUCGUGAUCUGCGAUUCGUGUGCGCGAGGGUGGCACCAGUCGUGCGCCGAGCCCAGCAUUCAAGACUCGGUCGUCGAUUCCGAUCUGUCGUGGUUGUGCAAGCAGUGCGAUGCAAAACUCGCUGCGCGGGAACACGUCCUCGACAUCAGCAAAGGCACUUGGUCCGCUUCGCCGGCUUUCUCGAACGAGGCGAAACGGGAAUGGCUCGAGACACGUCCUUUGCAUUCCCUCGUCGAGUACAUCCUCUCGAUCGAGCAAAAGUACGCGUCCAAGAUGGGCUCGACCAGUCUCGAGAUCUGGCCGACCGACCUCGACGAGAAAGUCGUCGCGAUCAAGGCGAAGCGAGAGGAGAAACGACGCGUGGCAGAAAAGGAAGCAGCCGCACUUGCUGCCGAGACGAGUGCUGCAGUUGACGCCGAGGCGGCGGCUGCGACAGCGGCUGCACCCCCACCGGCUGCCGAAGCCUCUGCUGAACCCAGGGCCAGGACCUUGGCAUCGAAGCGCAGCGAGAUUGCCCAACAAGAGGCUUCAGCUCCAACCCCGGCUAAGACCAACGCGACGACCCAAUCCGCUGCCCCAGCUGCGCAAACCAGCGCCCCGGCGCCGGUGACCCGAGUGCUCUCACCACAGAUCCCUGCUCCCGUCCCUGUGUCCCAUCAAGGUCUCACCGCUGCCGGUGCUCUCCCCCGCCAUCCCUACCCCCACGCGACGCCGACCCCGCCCCCGACGUCAACGCAGCCUACCUCGCAAGCCGCACGAACGGUCCUCCCUCCGAUCCACGCCGCCCGCCCGACUCAGGCCCAUCAACCGCAAAGCAUCCCCGUGCAACAGAACCAGUCUUAUAUGCGUCCGCCUUCGGCAUCGGAUCACUACGGCGUUCCUGGGUCGGCGCAACACCACCCCUCCCAUCAGCAGCAACACCACGCACAGAACGUGCUGAGCCCUCGACUGAACGAACAUGCGAGCUCAUUCGUGCCGCAGCAGCAGCAACAACAACAGCCUCAGCAACACCAGCAGCAGCAACCCUACAUGUCGCAACAGCACCAACAAGCGCAGCACCGCGGCGGACCUUACCAUGUGCCUCAGAACUCGUUCGGAGGGUACGCCUCUCAACAAGGAGGAUGGAACCAACAAGGCAACGCGGGGCAACAUCAUGGUUCGGCACCGCAGGGUGAUUAUUACAUCAUCCCGCCGCCGCAACAACAAGGGCAGCAGCAGCAGCAGCAAGCGAAUGGAUGGCCGUCGCGUCAGCCCGGGUCGUACAAUUGA